AAACCAACCCCACAUCAGCUCCAGCUUCAUGUCUCUCACUCUCACCUUCAAACGACAUCUCAACCAACAUUCAUAUUAAAGUGAAGUUCUAAUAAAAGCGAAACUAUUAUUACCUACUCAUCAAACGAUAAAUUACUUGAAAUCUAUAAAUAUGACUAGAAUCGACGACGAUUUUUCCAUCGUUGACUCCAACGAAGCUUAUGGUGAUUCCUCAGUCUCUCCACUGACGCCCGAGCCAUCAUCUUCCCCAAACCAGUGGCAAGGUCGAGAGCAAGGACGAAGACAUCAACAAGAACAAGCAAACACCAUGACCUCCGAAGACAAAGCCAACGAGGAGCUAUCGGAUAUCGUCUACGAUAAUUCCUAUGUCUCCACAUUCAAUCCGCAAACAUAUCUAGGAGAUGUUCCGGGGUUAAAGUCGGCGAAGUCGUUAUAUAAGAGAUGGAGCAGCAAGGAUGUCGUGAUCGCCGUGAUGGGAAUGACCGGGUCUGGAAAGACCACCUUCAUAUCAAAAGUAACCGGACGGUCAGAUCUGAAGAUAGGUCACGGCCUUACUUCAUGUACUCAAGAAAUAACCGUUGUCGAGACCACCAUCGAUGGCCAGACUGUCCGCUUUGUCGAUACGCCGGGCUUUUCGGACACAUAUCUGUCCGAUACUGAGGUCCUCGGGAUGAUAGCCGACUAUCUAGCCGCAGCCUACUCGGAAGACAUGCGUUUGUCAGGCCUGAUAUAUAUACAUCCCAUUUCUGACAACCGUGUUACUCAUCAUGCCACCAAAAAUCUCGAGAUGUUUCGAAAGCUGACUGGUGAGAAGAACCUCAAGAAUGUGGUAUUAACGACCAGCAUGUGGGAUAAGGUCAACAAAGAGGAUAGCGUGAAGCGUGAAGCGGAACUCCAGGGAAAGUUUUGGAACGUUCUGACGGCUUUUGGCGCGAAAUAUGCUCGGCACGAUGGAUCCACCGAUUCAGCUAGGAAAAUCGCAUCCAUGCUUAUGCGAAAUAAGCCCUUCUAUCUUCAACUACAAGAGGAGAUGGGUAAAGGCAACAUGGCGCUUAAAGACACAUCCGCAGGCAAGGAGAUCAUGAUAGAGCUCGCGCGGAUCAAGGAGCAGCAUCAAAACGAACUUGCUGAGAUGAAGGAGAUGCUAUUGCGAACCUCAGCUGAGGAGAACAAAGCUGCAGUAGCCGCCCUUGAACAGCAUUAUAAGAAGAUGUUGCGGGAUAUGGAGCAGGCACGCGCCGACGAGAAACGGAUGAAUGAGGCUUCGGUUCAGGCGCUGACGGAGAGAAUCAACGCCCUGGAGAGCAGAGGCAUGUGUGCUAUCAUGUAGGAUUUCUACUUAUGAUGGGGUAGAUGGGCUUGCUUUUCAAAAUACCAGGAUUUUUGGGAAAGAGUAUGUGUGAUCGGUACUGUCGAUCUAUUGACUAGGUAUGAGGGAUGUGUGAGAGAGGGUGAGGCCAAGAUAUACAGAGCUAAAUUAGAUAAGGCAUGGCAGCACUUGGUCAGAAAUUGCGAUGCGAAGACAUGGCGUAAAAUAAAUUGAAGCUAUUCCCAGUA